AUGAGUCUACAGAAGGGACAGACGGGUCGAAGCUGCACUCUCACUAUCAGUGAAAGACGGUCGUAUCCAGGCCUGGGGACUCCUGCUUGGGGAUCGGUCUCUAUGAGGAAGGGGCUCUGCUGCCAGCGCGGACUAGCUAGCUGCAGUAACUCAGAAACCGAAAGUGACAGUGGGGACGAGGGGCAAGGGAAAUUGCAGAACCCUCCCAGACCUCAGGGCAGCCCCGCCCCUUCCAGUCCUCUAGGACCACUGCGCCUGGAAUCCAGCGCAGCCCCUCGGCCCCCUUCUCCAGGUGAGGCUGCCCUCCGCAUCCGCCCGGACAAGGGUCUCCGGCGCCCUUCUGGUCUGACUCCUGCUGUGGAGGUGGCUCGAUGCCUCCGGGGCCUCGAGUUGAAGCCUAUCCCGGUGCCCGCCCCAGAAGAGGCUUGGAAAGGCUUCAAAGACAGCUUAAACCUGAUUGAGCAUGAGAAAAUUCAUAUUAAUGAGAAACCCAAUAAAUGUAAUGAAUGUGGAAAAGUCUUUGGUCGAAGAUCACACCUUAUUGAAUAUCAGGGAAUUCAUUUUGGAGAGAAACCCUUUGAAUGUGGUGAAUGUGGCAAAACCUUCGGUAAGAACUCAAUCCUUGUUGAACACCAGAGAAUUCACACUGGAGAAAACCCUUAUGAAUCCUUCAGAGGCAAUUCACACCUCAUUCAACAUCAGAGAAUUUAUUCUGGAGAGAGACCCUAUGAAUGCAAUGAAUGUGAGAAAACUUUCAGCCAAAGUUCAAGUCUUGUUAAACAUCAAAGAAUCCACAGUGGAGAAAAGCCUUAUGAAAGUAAUAAAUGUGGAAAAACUUUCAGGGGAAUCUCCAAUCUUGUCAAACAUCAGCAAAUCCAUACUGGAGGGAAACCAUAUGAAUGUAAAGAAUGUGGAAUAAGAAUUCACAUUGGACUGGUACCUCAUGAAUGUAAUGAAUGCAGAAAAACUUUUAGCCAGAACUCAAAAUUUGUUGAACAUCGGAAGAUUCAUACUGGAGAAACUCCUUAUGAAUGCAUUGAAUGUGGGAAGGCUUUCAAGGAAACCUCAUCCCUUAUUGUUCAUCAGAGAGUUCACACUAAGGAGAAACCCUAUGCAUGUGGUGAAUGUGGGAAAACUUUUAGUGAGAGCUCAGCUCUUAUUCAACAUCAGGGUAUUCAUACUGGAGAUAAGUCCUAUGAAUAUAAGGAAUGUGGGAAAGCCUUCAGGGAGAAACCCUAUAAGUGUAAUGAAUGUGGAAAAGCCUUCACUAAGUGCUCAGUUCUUAUUCAACAUGAUAGAAUUCACACUGGAGUGAAACCCUACAAAUGUAAUGAAUGUGGAAAAGCCUUCAGUCAGAGAGAAAAACUCAUUAAACAUCAGAGAAUUCACAACAAAAGGGAUCUGUUAAUUUAG